UCUAUUCAAAAAUCCUAAAAAAACAAUAGGUCCCUAUCGAUGUGAGUAUCCCGGAGAUAGCAUCGCACCAUUCUUUUUUUUCAUCAAAUUUCAUUCUUUGGACCUGGUGUUCUUUGUUUUAUCAAUUCACGAUGGCUGGCCUUUUAAGUGGUGUGGGUAACACUUUGGGUGAUACUUUAGGAGGAUUAAGCGGAGGCCUCUUGGGCGGGAAUGAUGAGAGCAACGAAACUGGGAAUACCAACAACAGCAACACCGGAAGCAACAAUAGUAACAACAACAACAAUGAUACUGGGAAUGACAGCAGUAACAGUAAUGACGACGACGACACCACCAACAACAGCGAAACCGACAAUAGUGGAGAUGCGCAAACAGCGACAUCUACCCAGGGCACUGGCAGAACCGGCCAACAGACCACUGCUACUGCGACAUCGAUUGGUGACACCGUAGCGACAUCAGAGGCAGAUAAUUCAGAUGAAGACUCAGAUGAAACCGGAUCAAACACCCAAGCUUCUACUACAACUGCCAACGCAGUAACAACAACGUCGCGCGCGACACAACCCACAACCACAGCUGUUGCUCUCAUUCCCUCCAGCACCGAAACUACAGUAGAGGCUACAACCUCGGAGACAACGGCCGAAGCGAAGCCGGACACAACCUCCGUGAUAGCCGCAGUCCCAACAACGCUUGCGACAUCUACCAAGCAAGCCACCCCUACCGUCGACAGCAUUGCGACAAGCCUCAGCAUCCCGGAGCCAACCGGCACGCUCCUGAACACGGCAACGGCACUCUCCACCACAUCAGCAACUCAGGCCAUAGCGUCCUCUUCGGCGAACCCAACGGCUUCCCAGGGCGCCGUAGCCGCCGACGCGAACUCGCUUUCGCAGAAGCAGCCGACGGAGGACAGCGGGAUGAUUGGCGCGCUGCCCGUCGCCGCCGUGGCUGGCAUCGCCGGCGGCGCUGGCGGCCUCAUCGUCAUUCUCUUCACGCUUUUGAUCCUCCGGCGCGUGUGGCGCAAGCGGCGCAACGGGAACGACGAGGCGCUGGCGCGCCUCGACCACAUGUACGAUGCGGAGAAGCCCAUCUCGAUGGAGUCGAACGACAGGCAGAUGCGCUGGGACAGGGGCUUGUCCGAGUACCACAGGCCGUCUGAUAACAGCUACAAGGCGUAUCGGAUGUAAUACGGCGCUUGAGAAGCGAAAGAGGGGGGAGGGGAGAGAGGGG